AUGUUUGGAGUUCCACUUUACGCCACGCUACUCUGCCUUUCGGCUUUUGCAGUGAUGGACGCGCGCAACCAUCAUCACACCGGCCAUGCACAUGGUGAUGCGGGCAAACAGAACGUUAGCGUGCUACAGUACCGACCUAAAGUCUGCACGGAAGUGCGGCACCCCGGCGACAAAUGGCACUUUUGCCCAAAGCCCCGAACCGAAGACGGGUCUGACUGGCCAUGCAUACGCGCCUCGGACCUGUGCAACGGCCUGAAAGACUGCCCAGAAGGCCUCGACGAAGACCCGCAAGCCUGCUUCUUCCAUCAAUUGGCCGUCUCCCAAGUGCAGGACAUCCACCACGCGGCCUAUAACGACCUGAAGACGCUGAAGAAACAGCAGGCCAAACCCGCGCGCAACGAGUUUGACGAGGAG